GAUUAACAAUUGUUAUGCAGAGCAUCCGGACGGAGCCGGAGAGAAAACCAACGCAGCACGCCGGCCAUAGCAGUCACAGCCACCAACCCUCCAGGCCGGCAGUGUCCUCCCCAUUUCGUUGCUGCUGCUUCCGCCGGGAUCUGCUCAUGGAGGCGGUGGAAGACACCACAACCCUGGAGGCCGCGAUCGGUUGGCUCUCCGAUACCAUCCUUGCAAAUCUCCCAGCCGGCGGCAAGCUGGUUUCCUGGAUUCGCCAAGCUGGCCUUGGCAACGACGUCGAGAAGCUCAAGUCCGAGGUCGAGGCUGUGGAGAUGGUGGUCUCUGCUGUGCAGGGGAGGGCGGCCGGAAACAAGCCGCUGGCCAAAUCCCUCGCUCGGGUCAAGGAGCUGCUCUACGACGCCGACGAUGUGGUCGACGAGCUCGAUUGCUACAGGCUCCAGCAGGAGCUCCAACCAGAGACACUGCUGGAAAUGGAUGGACAUGGGAUGCAGCAAGUUGACAGAUCUAGUGAAAGUGAAACUAUCGAUGUACAGGGUAGCGGUAAUAGCAGGUUACGGUUCGAGGGAUGGAUUCACUUUGAAAUCACCGAGUUUGAACAAAACGGAGGGCCUGUCAAAGCAAUGUGUAAGCACUGUCAAACAGUGCUCAAGUGCAAAACCAAUAAGGGGACAUCAGUUCUGCACAAUCAUCUCAAGAGCAAAGGUUGUGCCAAGAAACGUGGAGCCAGUGACCCUUCUUCAAGCACCGCCGAUGCUAUUACAAUUCCUACCCCUGUUGUAACUGUCAGCAGAAAAAGGACGAGAACCAGUCAGGAGUCAACACACAUCACUGCAGCUAACCCAAACGGGUGGAACAAGGACGCAUUUUCUGAAAGGAUACAAGACAUCAUUAGUCAACUGCAAGGGAAACACGGGGCUAUCACAAGGCUUCUCCAAAUACUUCCGUCCGACUAUGUUGGUGCAAGGUCAAGCCACUGUCAGAGUAGAAUCUUGGAUCCAUGCCGAAGAACAUCAUGUGUUUUUCAAGGGAAAGUGUAUGGGAGAGCUGCAGAGAAGAGAUCCAUCAAAAAGUUGAUACAAGAACACAAACCAACUGCCAGUGUUACUGUUCUGCCUAUUGUAGGAAUCGGAGGAGUUGGGAAGACAGCUCUCGCUCAGCUUGUAUACAAUGAUCCAGCUUUGGAAAGUCAAUUUGAUCGCAAGAUAUGGAUCUGGGUGUCUAACAACUUUGAUGAAAUGAGACUCACACGAGAGAUGUUAACUUGCAUCUCCCCAGAAACACAUGAUGGCAUAUGCAACUUUAUCAAGCUUCAGGAGGUCUUGAAGGGUCAUAUUAAAACAAAGAGGGUUCUACUCAUUUUAGAUGAUGUCUGGGAAGUCAUGGAUGACUGCGUGUGGAACAAAUUAUUGGCUCCUUUCAAGUCUGACAAUGCAAAGGGCAACAUGAUAAUCAUGACAACUAGAAAACCAUCUGUUGCAAACAGUAGAGGUACAACUGGACCAAUUAACUUAGGUGCUUUGGGAAAGGACCAUUUUUGGCAAUUGUUUAAAUCAUGCACGUUUGGUGACGAGAGUUAUGAAGCGCAAGCAAGUCUAAGUGACUUAGGACAGGAAAUAGCACAAAAGUUAAAAGGGAACCCAUUAGCAGCGCAAACUGUCGGGCCUCUAUUAAGAGAUCAUCUUACUGUGGAUCAUUGGAGUAACACUCUGAAGACCGAAGCUUGGAAUUCCCUACAACACACUGGUGGCAUCAUGUCUGCUUUGAAGCUUUCCUAUGAUGAGCUGCCCUACCCUGUGCAGCAAUGCUGCUCAUAUUGUUCUAUAUUCCCCUACGGUUAUGAAUUUAUUGCCGAGGAACUAGUUCGUCUUUGGAUUUCACAGGGAUUUGUGAAGCGUGAUCAUCCAAAUAUGAGUUUGGAGGAGACGGGACGAUACUAUCUGACUGACUUGGUGAACCUGGGCUUGUUUGAAAGGAAAGGAUCCUCUCUUGGUAGUCAAACUCAAACUUGCUAUGCUAUGUCUGGCCUGAUGCACGAUUUUGCGAGGCUAGUUUCAAGAACUGAGUGUGCAACUUUGGAUGGUUUGCAGUGCAAUGAAAUGUUGCCAAAUGUACACCACUUGUCCAUAGUAACCAGCUUUGUGUAUCAGAGGCAGGAUUGGACUGGGAAUAUACUUCGUAGUGAGAAGUUUGAAUUUUUGUUGCAAAAUAUAGUUGCAUCAGUGAGUAAGUUGAGGACAUUGGUGUUAAUUGGGGAGUAUGACUCCUUUUUCUUCAAAGCAUUCCAAGAUGUAUUUGAAAAAGCACAUAAUCUGCGUAUGUUGCAAAUGUCUGCAACAUCUGCUGAUUUUAAUUCCUUCAUGUGUAGCUUGGUAAAUCCUACACGUCUUCGGUAUCUAAAACUUGCGGAUGGUCAUGAUGAGCAGAAGGCUAUGCCUCGUGUUUUGAGCAAGUUUUUCCAUCUUCAGGUGUUGGAUGUUACUUUCUUUAUGUCACUGCAUACAGUUCAUCUAGAGGGUUGCGGAGAACGGAUAGUACUUUCAACUCUGGAAAUGCUUCGAUUUCUUAAAAGGUUGAAGUUGAGAAACAUGCGGAGUGUAACAAAAGUAUCGGUUCCGUCAUUGGAGGAGCUGGUUUUAUAUGAAAUGCCAGAUUUACAGAGAUGUUCUUGUACUUCCAUGGGUGAUAUGAAAUCUAGUUUAAGGGUGUUGGAGAUCCAGAGUUGCCCUGCACUUGAGGUGUUUGAUUUGUUUCGGAAAGGUCAUAACUAUGAACUGGAGCAUAAGCCAUGGUUGCCCAGUCUGAGGAAACUCAUAAUGUGCAAUUGUCCUUUAUUGCAAGUACAAAUCCCGCUUCCGCCUUCAGCUAUAUUAUCUGAACUAUUAAUCAGGGGAGUUUCAACAAUUAUGAAAAUGUGGGGAUCUUCCAUGGGAACAUUCAAAAUUGAGUGUGAGCUGCCUUUUGCUGAGAUGAUGCCACUUGAUGACAGAAUUUUGGCGUUCCAUAAUCUUAAGGAUAUCAAAUACUUGGAGAUAUCAUGUUGCGCAAACAUAACAUCCAUUUCAUUCAAAGGAUUAGGUCAGCUCAACUCUUUAAAGAGUUUGAAAAUAUUGUUAUGCAAAGAACUUUUCUCUUCAGAUGAUGUGCCAGAGCAGACCCUAGAAGACAUAAUAACUGCAAAUAAUGCUGCUCUCCUGGCUCUUGAAAGUCUUGAUAUUAGAGGGUGUGGAAUAAGGGGGACGUGGCUAUCUCUAAUGCUGCGACAUUCGCCAACCCUGAAGGAGUUGAAUUUAGAUAUGUGCCCGCGGUUGAAACAAUUGAAAGUAGAAGAGGUUUCGUCAUCAUGGUAUCUAUAUGAUGCAUUUCGAAGCUCAGUUCGAGCGUCAUCAGUAUAUGUUGAUGAUGCGUGGCCAGGCUUAGCUGUAGACGGAGUCGUGCACAUUCCAUGGAAUCUUAGAAAGAUAACAAUCGGUGGAUGCCCUGAAUUAAUGUUUGAUGGGAGUAGGGAAGGCUUUGCUGGAUUUAUCUCCUUUGAGGAGGUAGAGGAAGACGACGAAGAGAAGGGAAGAUGUCUCCUCCCGCAAUCACUUGAACAACUUGUUUGGUCUGAUUAUUCCCGGAAAACUCUGCGGCCCUGCUUUGUGGGUAAUGUCACGUGCCUCAAAAAACUGCAUGUAGAUAGCAUAAGGUUGGAAUGUCUACAGCUGGAUUCUUUUACGGCACUGGAAGAUUUGAAAAUUGAAUGUUGUGAUCGGUUCGUCUCAUUAGAGGGCAUGAAAUCGGUUGGAACCCUCAGGUCUUUGGCAUUAGUUCAAAACCCAAGAUUGGAAUCUCUACAGUUAAAUUCCUGCACAUCGUUGGAACGUUUUGAAGUUCAUGAUUGCAGUUCGCUCAUCGCAUUAGAGGGCUUGAGGUCCCUCGUGAACCUCAAGCAUUUUGAAAUAUUCGGGUCCCCUGCCUUGGAUUCCUUUACCUAUGAGCCAAUUGAGGGAAUUUCGAGUCAUAGCUAUGAGUUAUUCCCCUCACUGGAAAGUUUAAAGACUGAUGACUUGUGUCAUCUUAAGACGUUAUUCCACAAGGGCCUCACCUGCCUCCGAAGCCUAACACUUUUUUAUUCGGAUGCAACGAGACUAACAGAUGAGCAAGAGAGAGUGCUUCUGCUCCUCGGGUCCUUGCAAAAGCUCUCCUUUGACAAUUGCGAGCAUCUCGUGCAUCUUCCCCCAGGGCUGCACGGCCUCCCUUCCCUCAAGACGUUGAAGAUCAUAGAUUGUGAGGGCAUCUCAGAGCUUCCGAUAGAGGGCCUCCCACCUUCGCUGGAAGAACUGGAAAUCCUCUGUUGCAGUGCCGAGUUAUCAAAACAAUGCAGAUUGCUAGCAACAAGCAAGCUAGAGGUCGAAAUUGAUGGGUGCUAUCUGGACUGAUUAUUGAGUAUCUUUCUAAGGUCUGUUUUCACUUCAAGGCCUCAUCCUCAACCUCAUGUGGUCAUGAUAAUGGUGUCUUACACUCAUAAUCUCAAUAUUUGUUCUCCACUUGUUGGGAUUUCCAAUUAUACGCAGCUAAGAAUUCGAUCCUUUUGUAAGGUGCCUCCCCGCCCGCUUGUCUGUCUAAUGCGCUUGUUCUGUUCCAGCCUUUUCAAUGUCACCAUUCUGAAUUUCUCGCUGAUCCCUGAAUAAAUCCAUUGCCUUGCUCUCGAGAACCUCCUCUACAGCAGGUUCCUGUGGGCCAAAAGACAAAACUGGAUUCCCGUACAAUGAUAGACUGUAGUCGGAAACCGUGAGUGAAGAAACUGUAUAAGUAAAUUAUUGUGCAAUGAUGUUGUAUUUUCAAGAACUUGUGCAGAUUUGGUUGAGUGCUUCCAAUUAUUCAAGGCCGGCCGUGUUGUCCGGGGUGGAUAGCACAACGUAUGAAAAUGCUUGAUUUUUGGGAUCUUUUUCCAGAUUUUUCUGAGCAGAGUGUACAGCAACAGAAAAUGCAUGUUUUAUUUUUCUGAGAAUGAAAAUGCAUGUUUCUAACACUGUUUGUUCUGCAAAUUUAACACUAUUCAUGGUUGAUCUAUGCUUGAUUUUCUGGAAAGUUCUUGAAAAUGAUUCUGAGGACCUUAAAAUUUUGGAGUCCAAUAGAAUGUUUGGGCCUUCGGGGUGUAAAUCACAGCAGAUGGAUAUCCUUGUUUUUUCCUUUUCACAAAUUGUUUUAGAUUUAGUUAGAGUCAUGUGGUGUGUACAAGUACGACAACUAACUCCGUUGUCCGCUCAGGGCACUAUCCUUUAUAACUGGGAACUCCUUCAUAUAAAAAAACAAGCAGUCUGUAUUUUCCUACUCCAGUAGUGUUAGUGUUUCCAUGGUGCGCAGCAAACAGGGGAUGCAUCUUUCCAGCUCUGUUUAUGCUGAAGUUAUUACAGUGCAGUCACUGAAUGUUAGUUUCUGCCAGGAUUUUGAUUGUAUUAUGUUGAGCAGUUUGAUAUAUUUUUCUCAAGUCUGACUGUGUGCUCGAGGUGUACAAUUGAUGCAUGUUUCGAGCUGUGUUAUAUUCUUGUUGAAGGUUUUAGCAUGCCAUUCUAAUUUUGGUUUUUGUGGACUGGAAGUUUUUUUUUCAAAAAAAGCAAGUUUUCACUCUGUUCAUUGAUGAUCUAUGCUUGAUUUUCUGGAAAGUUCUUGAUUUUUUUUUGAAAGAUAGGGGUUUCCCCCUGCCCCAACUUUUAUUAAAAAGCAAAGGCGAAACCAACACGACCAGGACAAUGUACAACGCUUCGGCAACAGCCAAAGUAGCUGUCACAGAAAGGACAAGUUCUUGAAAAUGAUUCCGAGGACCUUAAAAUGUUUGGAGUCCAAUAGAAUGUUUGGGCCUUAGGGGUGUACAAUCACAACAGAUGGAUUUCUCUAGCUCUUCAAUUUUAACAGUCCACACAGUCCUUGAUUUUAACAGUCCAGUAGUGUUUCCAAGGUGUGCAGCAAACAGGGGGUGCAUCUUUCCAGCUCUGUGUUGUGCUGAAGUUUUAACAGUGCAGUGACUGAAUGUUAGUUUUUGCCAGGAUUUUGGUUGUAUUAUUCGAGCAGUUUGAUAUAUU